AUGUCGGCCGACGAAGACAUGCCAUCGGACGACGAGAAGCCGUCCACUCGUCUCCACCACAACAACAACCACAGCAACAGCGGCGGCACCGGUAGUGGUGUCGGCGGCGGACACCCGGCCCACGAGCCCACCCCUGGCGGGGGCAGCGGUGGCGGUGGCCCUCAGGACCCGGACGUGGAUGUGGGCAGCGAUGGCGAAGAGGAUCCCACGGGUCUCGAAGGGGCGGCCUUUCAGUCACGGCUACCGCACGACAAGAUGACGGCACAGGAGGCGCAGGCCUUCCCGGACGUGGCGAACGGCGCCCCCUCUUCAGCCAAGAUCUUCCUCCACGUCCGCAACCGAGUGCUGCAGCUGUGGAUCGAGAACCCGAAGACUCAGCUGUCACUGGAGUCGACACUCCCGCAGAUCGAGGCGCCGUACAAUUCGGACGGCCCUCUCGUGAUGCGGAUCCACUCGUUCCUCGAGAGGAAUGGCUUCAUAAACUUCGGUGUCUUCAAGCGCCUAAAGCCGUUGCCCGUCAAACGUCACGGCAAAGUGAUUGUGAUCGGCGCCGGUAUCGCCGGUUUGAUAGCCGCCCAACAGUUGGCUCAGUUCGGUAUGGAUGUGCUGGUGCUGGAGGCGAGGGAUCGCGUGGGCGGCCGCGUUGUGACCUUCCGGAAGGGCAACUACAUCGCCGACUUGGGCUCGACGGUGGUGACCGGUUUGGGCGGCAACCCCGUGGCCAUCAUCAGCAAGCAGAUCAACAUGCAGUUGCAUAAAAUCAAGCAAAAGUGUCCGCUGUAUGAGUCCAAUGGGAAUACCGUUCCCAAAGACAAGGACGAGAUGGUGGAGCGCGAGUUCAAUCGGCUACUGGAGGCGACCAGUUAUCUGUCGCAUACGCUGGACUUCAAUAGCCUGAACGGGAAGUCCGUGUCGUUGGGUCAGGCGCUCGAAUGGGUGAUACAGUUGCAGGAGAAGAGUGUCAAAGAGAAACAGAUACAGCACUGGAAGGCCAUCUCCGACCUGCAGGAGAAGCUCAAGUCGAAUCUGACGCGAAUGCUGGCGCUCAAGGAGCGCGUCGAGGCGCUGUCCAAACUGCACCGGGAGCUGAUGGACACCAGGGGUCUGAAGCCGGACAUCACCAAAGAGUUUGUGCUGCGCUCGACGGCCAGAGACCUGUCUGCCGCCUGUCGUCAAUGGGAUCAACACAUCGACGAGCAGAAGGAGAUCGAGGAGAAGCUCCAGGAGUUGGAGGCGUCGCCGCCCAGCGACGUGUACCUGUCGUCCCGAGAUCGCCAGGUGCUCGACUGGCACUUCGCGAACCUGGAGUUCGCCAACGCCACGCCCCUCAACAACCUGUCCCUCAAGCACUGGGACCAGGACGACGACUUUGAGUUCUCCGGCAGUCACCUAACGGUGCUCAACGGCUACUCGUGCGUACCGGUGGCGCUGGCCGAGGGACUGGACAUUAAGCUGAACACAGCCGUACGCUCCGUGCGUAUAACGGCGACGGGCGUGGAGGUGAGCGCCUACAACCCGCGGCUCAGCGCCACCAACUCGAGCACAUCGCUCACGAACCCGUUGAUCACACACAGGGGCGACGCCGUGCUCUGCACACUGCCUCUGGGGGUACUCAAGCAGGCGGUGCAGCCAAACAGCGCCGGCACCAGCGGUAAUGUGGUUCAGUUCGUGCCACCCCUCCCGGAGUGGAAGGUGGCGUCCAUACAGCGGCUGGGCUUCGGGAACCUUAACAAAGUGGUGCUCUGUUUCGACCGCAUCUUCUGGGACCAGGACUCCAAUCUGUUCGGUCACGUGGGCUCCACCACCGCCUCCCGGGGCGAGCUGUUCCUGUUCUGGAGCCUGUAUAGGGCGCCGGUACUCAUGGCGCUCGUGGCGGGCGAGGCGGCCGGCAUUAUGGAGAACGUGUCGGACGACAUCAUCAUCAGCCGGUGCCUCACUGUCCUGCGCAGCGUAUUCGGCACGACAGCCGUUCCCAAUCCCAAGGAGACGGUGGUUACGCGAUGGCGGGGCGACCCCUGGUCUAAGGGCUCGUACUCUUUCGUGGCGACGGGUUCCUCGGGCAACGACUACGACCUGCUGUCGGCGCCGGUGGCCGCGCAGUCACCGCAGCCUAUGACUGGCGGACAGCAG